UACAUCCAGACGAAUGCACUAGAAUUUCGGUCAUGUGGAAAACGGUUGCGCGCGCAUCCCAUCGCAAUGAAAUUCAUUCGAGUACGCUUGAAAUGAAUCACAAGUGUGUACACCAGAUAAUGUAAUAAUUCAAUGUUUUAUAAAUAGCUGAACAAAGAGUUGAAACCGUGGAUUAGAGGGAAAGCACCAAUUUUCUCAUUUCAAUUAACUCAACCCUACAAUCAGAAGCGUGUACCAGCACAGCCGAGUGCUGCAUACAAAAAAUGGAAAUCUGUGAGGAAACCGGAUUUUUCCACGACGACUUCGCCAAGUUUCGCAGUGGAAUCAGUGAAAGUGAGUUCAAAGCAUUUUCCCAGCUGGAGAACGACGCACAGCGCGUUCGAUUUGUGCACGAAAUCGUGGAGGCUCGCCAUGGUGGAAAACUAUGGAAUCCAGUGCGUGAAAUUGGCAUUGGGAAGAAUCUGACCAAGGCAGUGGAAAUCAUGAAACGGGGUGACAGUGCACUUCAGUACGAGAAGUGGCAGGACGCAUUGCAGUGCUACAAUGACGCAUGUUUACUAUUGCCAUCGGGUGAUGACACAGAAAGAGCUCUUAUUCUAGCCAGUCGUUCGUCAUCAUUAUUUCACCUGAAUAAAUAUGAUCUGGCGUUACACGAUAUUGAGCUAUCCUUCAAGCUUAACUACCCUGAGGAUAUGCGAUACAAACUGUUUGAACGGAAAGCUCAAAUUUUCUCCGCAUUGAAAAAUUUUCCAGCCGCAUUAGAUUGCUACAGGGAAACGUUCACUGCUCUACAUGCUUGCAACCUUGACAGAGAAAUGCGAGAAAAGCGAUUGAAGGAAACUCAUAAGUUAAUUGUCAACUUAGAUCUUUACAUUUCUAAUAUCAAAAAAUAUUUAGAGCCUAUAAAACGCGCCACUGCCAAAGAAUUCGUUCCUCAUAUGGAUAAGUCACUGUUUUUCGAUUGCACCGAAUCCGAAGGACGAUUCGCAAGGACACGGAACAACCUAAAGCCCAAUAACGUGUUGCUGAAGGAACAGCCCCACGCUUCCGUGGUUAUGCCUGACUGCAGUGGAACUCAUUGUGACCAAUGCGGCAACCGGAUUGAAGUUUUGUUCAGCUGCCCAUACUGCGUGGACGUCGUUUAUUGUUCCGAGAACUGUCAAAAACUUGCUCCUUUAGGCUACCAUAGGUUCGAAUGUGGAUUUCUUACGUUUGUGAGAAAGUCAGGGGCAAAUGUAGUUGCUAUGUUGGCCCUGAGGAUAGUCUCACAAAAAUCAGAAGAAUACUUUUAUAAUAUGCAGGACAAGUUAGAUCACUUGUCGAAUGAUUUCGUAGACAGUUUGCCGUUUGAUGAUUACCGCAAAGUUUACAAUUUUGUAACUCACUCCGAACAACGAAACCCAGAAGAUUACCUAAAAUGGACGGCUAUGUCUGUUUUACUCAACACAGUUCUUGUUGCAGCGGGCUUCUGUAAAUCGAGUUCUUUGAAAGGGAUAUUACUGCACAACCUUCAGAUCGUAACAUACAACUCCCAUGAAAUCUCCGAAUUGCAGCGUAGAAAACCGCAAGACCCGGGUGUUUCGGUUUGCAUUGGAGCUGGAUUGUAUCCUUCACUGGUGCUGUUUAAUCAUUCCUGCGACCCCGGAAUUACUCGAUACUUUGUUGGUAAUGUAGUCUACGUUCGCACUAUUAAAAAUAUUCCAGCCGGAUCGAUAGUUGCGGAGAACUACGGUCAGCUGUACACCAGAGCGAAUCGUCGAGAGAGGCGAAAACUGCUGGCUGAAAACUACAAGUUCGAGUGCUGCUGUCAAGCUUGUGAAGAUGAUUGGCCGAGUGUCCACGAUAUGGAUCCAACCAUGGUGAGGUUCAAGUGCGGUGCAACCGAGGGCUGUGGAAAUGGGCUGGUGUUUAGGCACAACUCCGUUGAAAGCGAACUUAAGUGUGGCAAAUGUGGAGGAUUUACUGAUGUUAAUGAUGCUUUCGAGGCACUGAAGAAGGCGGAUUUUCGGAAUCGAUAUAACGAAGCUGUUCGUUUUUGUUCUCAAGGACAAUACGAGCUGGCACUUUCGAAGUACGCUUCUGUAAUGAACUCACUAGAUGAGCUUUUGGUGCACCCUUUCAUGGAAUAUCAUUUUUGCCAACAAGGAAUCCGACGAUGCUCACUGGAAUUGGGAAACAGGUUUAUUGAUCUUAAGUGUGCUCAAUAAACUAAUAGAAAGGCGAGAAACAAGUUUUAUUGAAGAGAUAGAGAACUUCAUUUAUUUUCAAGAUU